GAUCAAAAGACACCUCUUUAAUGCGUACAUGGGACGGCGUGACUUGGUAUUGCCGCAUUUCAAUUCGUCGGAAACACUUUCUUUUUCUCUCAGGACUCAAUCUACUCUCAUAAUUUAGAAUAGAAAUGUCGACGUUGUUCGUGGCAAAGAGGCAGGCCGCCAGGGCUGCAUCUCAGUUGAGAUGUUUCAGCUCAACACCCUCGCGCGGAGCUGCAGAGGUCAAGAAGCUCGGAGUUCUAGGCGCCGGGCAGAUGGGAUUGGGGAUUGCCCUUGUGGCUGCAAGAGUUGCACAGGUUCCCGUUACGCUCGUUGAUCCGAGUCAAGGAGCAUUAGACAAGGGGUUGUCUCUAGCAGACAAGCUCCUCUCCAAGGACAUUCAGAAGUCACGCAUCAGCCAGGAGGAUGCGGACGCCACACGCGGGCGUCUCAGCCCUACCACGUCCAUGGACUCCCUGGCCGAUGUGGAUUUUGUCAUUGAGGCGGUGCCUGAGAUCCCCAACCUCAAGUACGAGAUAUUCAGCAAGCUGGCGCAGAUCUGCCCCAAGCACGCCAUCCUGGCCACCAACACGUCGUCAAUCUCCAUCACGCGCAUCGCGGCGGCCACCACCAAGGACGCGACGGACAUGUCGGCCAGCUCGCGGGUCGUGUCGACGCACUUUAUGAACCCGGUGCCCGUCAUGAAGGGCGUCGAGAUCAUCAGCGGUCUGCAGACUAGCCAGGAGACGCUGGACGCCGCCGUGGCGUUUUGCAAGGCCAUGGGCAAGGUCCCCUCGACGUCGGCCGACUCGCCGGGCUUCCUGGCCAACCGGAUCCUGAUGCCGUACAUCAACGAGGCCGUCAUCUGCCUCGAGACAAAGGUCGGCGACCGCGAUUCGAUCGACGCCAUCAUGAAGACGGGCACCAACGUGCCCAUGGGCCCGCUCCAGCUGGCCGACUUCAUCGGGCUCGACACCUGCCUGGCCAUCAUGAAGGUGCUCCACUCGGAGACUGGCGACUCAAAGUACCGCCCAAGCGUGCUGCUGCAGAAGAUGGUUGACGCUGGGUGGCUUGGCAAGAAGAGCGGCAAGGGGUUUUAUGAUUAUUAAAGGGGACGGAUCGUAUGCCUAUCUAAGUUCAGACUGUGUAUGAACAUGAAAUUUUUAUUCCUCUUGUUUUUUUUCCUAGAUCUGUUUUUGCUAUAUUGAACUCAGGGUAUAUCCUUGGACAGCCGAUGCAAUUUGUCCAUUUUGGGGUAGAAUGCUGGGAAACGGAACGAUAUUUCAUCCUUCUUUCUCAUGAAAGCUCACCAGCAACCAUUCCUCCAGUCAACUUGAACAAUUCCCAAAACAAGAUGCAAGUGGAAAUGAUUCAUUCUGAGUUUCUGCACAUCUUGCCUCUUUGCAGUUCCGCCAAGACGCUAUGGUCUACUACGGAGCAGACCAAGAAAAAAAUAAAGAAAAAAAGAAAAGAAAAAAAAAAACGACUGGGG